GAGGCCGAGCGGCCAAGUUCAGAGAACGCGUUUCGCCUCGCGCUGCCAAGAAGGUUUGCACUGUCAGCCCCUCGUGCUCGCUGCUCGGAGUAACACUCGGCAAGGUUGGCGUGGCUGCUGGAGCUGCUAUUGGUCCAGACAGUGUCGCGCCAUAUGAAUCGAGCCUUUUAACGUCAUCCUCCUCCGCCGUGCAGCGAGACUCGGGUGCAACGCCUGGCUCCUGGCUUAUUCGGCCGAGAAUUCAACCUGUUGUGUCCUCGGCGGAAGAUGUUGAGGCAUCUUCCAUGGUGACCGUCGAGAAUUCGCAAGAAAAAGACACCACCGACUACGAUAGAAAGUGCAUGGCAACAGCUGUCAUGGGACCAUGCACGGCGUUCUUCAGGCUAUGGGCUUACAACUUCAAGAAGGGUCAAUGCGAACAGUUCAUCUACGGGGGCUGUGGCGGUACCGAAAACCAGUACCGCACCAAGGAAAAAUGCGAGAUGGCCUGCAAACUCCCCAAAGGGCCCGCAUACUCCGAGUUCGGGAGGGACAGUGAAGCCGUGGAAUCUCCCCAGUUGCGGGUGUUGUCUGCGUGGUACUGCAGCCUGCCAGCAAAGACAGGACCUUACGAGGCAGCCAUUGGGCGCUUCUUCUACAAUGUCAACAGCGACACCUGUGAAGACUUCCUGUACGGAGGUUGUGAAGGCAACCGCAACAACUUUCGCACCUACGAGCAAUGCCAUGCAGCCUGCCAUCCACGCCGUGUGGCGCUUGCUCGUGCGUGAGACCACGCGCCAUCACACUACGGAUAUAGCUAUAUUAGUGCAGGGCUCUGCGCAAGUAUCUAAGAGACAAUAAGCACACCAAGUAAUGAACUAGCGGACACAAGAUUGAAUGAGCUCAUAUCACUUGCAAGCUAGAUACGCAUUCUGUUCUCUGCGGUAGACAAUUACCGGAGUCCACUACACCUUCCCGAGAAAACAGUUUGCUCCUUUGAGUGUGCUUGAACAUUACGUACUGAAUAAACUAUGGUUAGUGCUUUUUGACAA